AUGACGUCCCAGCGGCAGCCUUCCAUAUCGAUUUCUGCAUCGCCGAGCGAAGACCCGGAAAAGAUGCGCAAAGUGAUGAAAAGGCAUAUUGAAAACGUGUUUGGAGAAUCCGAUGACAUUGCCCGCAGCAAGGCAAUGGAGCCAUUAUAUCACGAAGAUGUCACCUGGUUUCAGCCUGGCGAAUAUUCCGGCGAACAUGCCAUCAUUCGCGGCAGGGAUAAUGUAAAUGCGACUAUUCAAAAAGAACAGAACCAAUUCCCUGAAUUUUACAUUACACAUGACAACGAAGGGUACAUUGCUGUUACGCAAAAUCUAGGCAUCGUGCACUGGAAGCUGGGGCCACACGAACAGCCCGACAUGAUUAAAGCUUGUCAUUAUCUUCUAUUUGAGGACGGAAAAGUGAAGGCCUUUUGGACUGCGCAUCUCAAAAUGCCUGAUGGGUCAAUGCCUUAG